GUCUAGUACAAACCAAUUUCCGUUGGCUGCCAUUUUCCCUAGGAUAUUGCUGUUUACAGCAAUGUUAUGAAAUUCAUGUGCUAUAAGGAUCAUAAACACUGCGUUAUUUUGGAAAUAUUGUGCAACAACAUUUAGAAAUUCAUUUAAAAUGGAAUCCAGCAAGUCAGAUUCAACUCCAAAACAGGCCAUGGUAUAUAUUUGUGGAGAGUGCCAUCAUGAUAAUGAAAUAAGACCCAGAGACCCAAUUCGAUGCAGAGAAUGUGGAUACAGAAUUAUGUACAAAAAACGCACAAAGAGACUUGUGGUGUUUGAUGCACGAUAAACUUGAUACAGAAUAAGUGGAAACAUUAAAUCUAAUAAAAUUAUAAUUUAAAGGAAUGCUGAAAUAUUGUACAUUUUAAUUUUAUAUACACCUGACUACUUUGUAUAUAUAUAGAAAAUGAAUGAAGUUUUAGAAAGCUUAGGAUUAAUCAGAUUAUGUUAAUUCGUAUGUAAGGAUCACAGUUUUUAAUAAAAUAACACCAAUUUAU